AUGAGCUGCUGGCCAGAAUCCAACUGGACGGCCCCAUGCGAGUUCAUCAUCCUGGGCUUCUCGGGCUGGCCACCGGGCCUCCGAGCACUGCUCUUUGCUCUCCUCCUGCCGCUCUAUCUGGCCACGCUGGCCGGCAACCUGCUCAUCCUGGGCCUGGCCCUGGCCACGCCUGCCCUGCAAACACCCAUGUACUUCUUCCUGGGCGCGCUGUCAGCUGUGGAGGUGGCCUACACACUGGUACUGACGCCACGCAUGCUGGCCGGCUUCCUCCUGCCGCCUGGCGGCCAGGCCGUGGCCCCCUCCACCUGUGCAGCCCAGAUGGGCCUCUUUGUGGCCCUGGGGGGCUCUGAGUGCCUGCUGCUGGCCGCCAUGGCUCUGGAUCGCUACCUGGCCAUCUGCCGCCCCCUCUACUACCCUCAGCUCAUGACCACGGGCCUCUGCUGGGGCCUGCUGGCCGCGUGCUGCACAGGGGGCUCACUUCUGGCCCUUGGCCUCACCGCAGUCAUUUUCCAGCUGCCCUUCUGCCAGGGUGGCCUCGUCAACCAUGUCUUCUGCGACGUGCCAGCCGUGCUGCUGCUGGCCUGUGGGGAUCGGACCCUGCAGGAGCAUGCGCUGCUGGUGGCCUGCCUGCUACUGCUCGUGCUGCCCCUGGCACUCAUCCUGCUCUCCUACACCCGCGUGCUGCUCGUCAUCUUGGGUGUUGGGGACUCUGCAGGCCGCCGCAAGGCCUUCCACACGGUGGCAUCCCACCUCACAGUGGCCGUGCUGCACUACGGCUGCGCCACGGCCAUGUACGCCCGGCCCCUGGGCAGCCGGUCCCUGGAGGAGGACAAGCUGGUCUCGCUCAUCUACAUCAACCUCACGCCGCUGCUGUACCCUGCUAUCUACACACUGCGCAACCGUGACCUGCAGGGCGCCCUGCAGCGCGUGGUUGCCGGGGUUGACUCCAGGGCAUCAGGGACGGGCCAGCAGGCCCAGGUCACCUGA